CCAUGCGUAAGCUGCUGCUGUAGGGAGGAAGAUGGCGGAUGUUUGGAGUCUGGAGAGCAGCAGCAGGAGCUGAUAAAGAGAACCAGCAAGCGGCAGCGAGCAGAGCACACGGCGGGACGCGCACAGGGAGCACACACACACACGGCGGCAGCAUGUCUCGCUCCUCCGACAGCGAGGACACCUGCUUCAUUGCAAUGGACACCGAGGACACCGGCGCCGCCGCAACAGGGCACCACGCUGAUGCCCAGGACGUGCGAUUGGAGACAGCAAGCACCUCAAACUGCACAAAGCAUCCUGGGAAAAGCUGCCAUAGAGACAUGGGCGAGCUGCCUGAGGAGGUCCUGGAGUACAUCCUGUCCUUCCUGUCCCCGUAUCAGGAGCACAAGACUGCCGCCCUGGUGUGCAAACAGUGGUACCGCCUCAUCAAAGGUGUGGCGUAUCAGUGUUACCAUGGUUUCCUGAGGGCCGUUCAGGAAGGGAACAUCCAGUGGGAGAGUCGCACCUACCCAUAUCCUGGAACCCCCAUCACACAGCGCUUUUCCCACAGUGCGUGUUACUAUGACUCGAACCAGUCGAUGUACGUGUUUGGUGGCUGCACACAGAGCAGCUGUAAUGCAGCGUUUAAUGACCUGUGGAGACUUGACCUGAACAGCAAGGAAUGGAUACGACCGCUCGCUUCAGGCUCAUACCCGUCUCCUAAAGCCGGAGCCACACUGGUGAUGUUCAGGGACCUGCUGGUGCUGUUCGGAGGCUGGACCCGCCCCAGUCCGUACCCUCUGCACCAACCUGAGCGCUUCUUCGAUGAGAUACACACCUACUCUCCUUCCAAGAACUGGUGGAACUGCAUCGUGACGACUCACGGUCCUCCUCCCAUGGCUGGUCACUCCUCCUCCGUCAUUAAUAACACCAUGGUGGUGUUCGGUGGCUCUCUUGGAGCGAGACAGAUGAGUAAUGAGGUGUGGGCUUUGGAUCUUGAGCAGUGGUCCUGGUCCAAACCCACCAUAACCGGCUCGGCUCCUCACCCCCGCGGAGGCCAGAGCCAGAUUGUAAUAGACAGUGAAACGCUCCUCAUCCUGGGGGGCUGUGGAGGCCCGAACGCUCUGCUGAAGGACGCCUGGUUGUUGCACAUGGGCGCCCCCACCUGGUCAUGGCAGCAACUGCGAGUAGAGAAUGAGGAACAUGGAGCUCCUGAGCUCUGGUGCCAUCCGGCCUGCAAGGUGGGUGAGUGUGUGGUGGUUUUCUCACAGGCUCCGUCCGGGCGCGCCCCUUUGAGCCCGAGCCUGAACUCCCGCCCUUCCCCUAUUAGUGCCACGCCUCCCCCGCUUGGUCCGGACACACCCCCUCUGCGAUCACAGUCUCCUGUGCGCUCCGGCGUCAUCCUUGGCAACGUAGAGGAGGCUCCCUGUGUCAAUGGACGCUGGGGCACACUCAGGCCACGCCCAGCGACCGUUAGGGCCGGGGCCAGAGAGGGAAGCCCGUCCUCUUCUCAGCAGCCGUCUCCAUCACAGGCUCCAGACAGCCCGACUUUACUUAACGGCUCCUCCCCUUCCCCUCGUACCAGUCCCUCUCACCCACAUGGCCAUGCCCAUUUACCUACAGAUUAUGGAUGGGAGUCUCCGCCUUCCUCAGCAUCAUUAUCCUUGGCCCCGCCCUCUCUGGAUCAGCCGAGUACAAACGGCAUUCACACUCCGCCGGGUGCCGUCUCCCCUGCUGCACUCCGCAGAGGUCUGGAAGCCGUCAAGUCUCUCUCGUCAUCGUCUCCGUCAUCAUCCUCGUCUUCCUCAAACCCCGCCCCUAGCUCCAGUCCCGCCUCGUCCAGCCCACCGCAGGUCGACGGACACUCGAUUCCCCCGAUUGCGCGUCGUCUGGGCCACUCGGUGCCGCCGCAGAGCCUAAACGUGGGGAAGCCGCUGUACCAGGCGCUCAGCUGCAAGCCCAUGCAGAUGUAUGUGCUGGACAUUUCUCGGGCCAAAACGGAAGGUGUGGUGGGAUGGCGCGUCUUCGGCAGCGGUGCCGUCACCGGACCGCCGGAGACGAGUCUGCACACAGUGGUGCAGGGCAGAGGAGAGCUCAUCAUCUUCGGCGGGCUCAUGGACAAAAAACAGAACGUCAAGUACUACCCCAAAACCAAUGCCUUGUACUUCGUACGUGCUAAAAGGUAAUGAGGGAGCGCGAGAGGAACGGCGUGCGCUAGUUGAGGUGGUCCGAUUGGGAAUUUACCCACAUUCUGACCUGGACACUGACAUCAUGAGACCUGCCUUUUAGGGAGAGAGACUGGAGCGACUCGUGUGUCACAUUCCCAACACUAAUUCCUCGUCUCUCUCUUGAGAAAUCAAUUUUGACACAUUUAAAGGACAUCUAAUGAAGAAUCGUUGUUGUGUGAUUGCUUUUCCUGACCUUCACUCCCUGAGUGUGUGUGUGUGUGAGUGUGUGUGAGUGUGUGUGAGUGUGUGUGAGUGUGUGUGAGUGUGUGUGAGUGUGUGUGAGUGUGUGUGGGAGAUGAAAAACUGAAGAGACUGUUCCUUCGUUUCCUGCGAUAGCGGUCUUAUUGCAGAUGAAGUGGCCGGGGAAACGGGGGAACGCUGCUGACUACCUUGCUUUUAUAUCUCACUUCCUGCCUGCAUUGUUUACAUUUAAAACACAAGCGAAAUAGAGACGGUGUGUGCGUCACUGCAUGUGUCUGUGAACGAAUGUGUAUGUGUAUAGGACCUGUGUGUGUGUGUGUGUGGAUCGAUGUUUGUUUGGGAGGGGAUGGGGGAGGGAAAUUGAGGGUCCUGUUGCAGUGUAACCCAAUACAAAGUCAAACAAUAAAGGCCUCUAAGUCUUAA